GGCACGUGUAUAGAAUUUGCUUUCUGCUGUCAACAGAGGACGUUUCAUUUAUUUAUCGAAACAAUACAUUAUUCAGGUGGAAAUACAACGCUUAUUUGUCAUGCGAAGUGUGUUUUACUGUCGUCAUGACUGACAUACAUUUACCAGGCAGUGAUAUUAAGCUACUUUGACCUAUAAAACCACAGCUCUCAUGUGUAAACUAAGCUAAUUUAACCUUAUUUAUUCGUAAUGGCUGUCCUCUCUUCUUUGCUGUGUUCACCUGCUCGUUUCAUUUCACCAUUUCGGUUACGAUUAUGGGAUUUCUCUCCUUGCAAAAGGAGAACAUGGCUCUUCUUUUCCGUCCAACGCUGUUACACAUCGGACAGUUCAAACUCAUCAGAUCAUCAUCGCAGCUCUGGACUCGAGAGGUACAAGGACUUACAGAAGUAUUUCAACAGGAGACUGAAGGCAGCAUACCACAGGUUCUCCAACAUACCUGAUCACUCGUUGGUCUGUGGCCAUAACCAUGUGUAUUUCAUUGAGGGGGAUGGGAUCUACAGAGUGGACCAAAGACAAAGUGACCCAGAACCAGAGCAGGUGCUAAAUCUAGGACAAGUCUCUAGGCAGGAGGAGAAGACAGGUCUUAUUAAUGAAGAAAGGAUUCAGUGGAUUGUCCAGAGAAUACGUCUGUCCCCUCAGGAGAAGCAUCUUGCUGCCACACUAAAAACUACUGACACAGAAGAGCCUAGGUGUGUGGUUGUGAGGCUUCGAAAGAGAAACUCUCCUCCUCCUGAUCCCCAACACAUUGUACUCACACUGGACAAAGUCUUCAGCUUUGAGUGGGCCACAGACGAUGUCCUGUUCUACACAACCCAGGAGGCUCUGCGCUGCAGUAAAGUGUUUCGAUUGGACCUGACCUCCAAAGAAAGCAGGAUCACUUCUGUGUUUGAGGAAACACAUCCUGAUGUGUUUGUGGAGGUCGCUCUUUCCAGAGACCGACAGAUACUGAGCAUCAACGGCAACAGCAGGAGCAGCUCAGAGGUUCUGCUAAUUGAUGGAACGACUUCGCAUCUAGAGCCUUUCCUGGUUCAGCCACGGCAGCCGGACCUCCUGUACCAUGUGGAGCACUGGAGAGAGUCUCUGGUUAUACUGGCUAAUACAGGGCCUGGGAAAGAAUAUCAGGUGUUACAGUCCCCUCUCUCAGAGCCCUCCAUGGCCUCCUGGGUGCCUUUGUUUGCCCCUGACUCCGGCACUGUUAUCAAAGACAUGGACGUGAUCGGAGACCACUGUGUGUUGGUGGCUAGAUCAGCAUCCGGUGAACUCGUUCUUAUCGUAGUCUCGCUGACCAAUCCCAAGGAGGCAUACACUGUACAGCUCCCCUCCUGGGCCUGUACCAUCCAAACGAAGAAACCAGCCAUGGCAGACCGAGGCAGUGUGUUGGAGUUCUUGAUUUCAUCUCCAGUCCACACCCCAGUGCCGUACAGUCUGUCCCCUGAAGAUGGGCUACUUUUAUCAGGCUCCAAAGAUGGUUCCUCCCCAGGGGCCCAGGGCAGAAUUACCACCACCCGCUUAGAGGCCUGCAACCAAGAUGGUACCUUGGUGCCAGUGACCCUGUUUCACUCAGUACCUGUGGGGGGUUUGAGACAGGCUCCUCUACUCGUCCAUGUCUACGGAGCUUAUGGCAGAGAUCUCAACAUGGAGUUCUGCCCAGAGAAAAGGCUUCUGCUAGAGCAAGGCUGGACUCUGGCCUUCUGCCACAUCAGAGGUGGAGGAGAGCGAGGUCUCUCCUGGCACCGACAGGCUGGUGUUGAGGGGAAGCAGAGAGGAGUGGAGGACCUGCGAGCCUGUCUCCAUCACCUCUUCUCUUCAGGAGUCUCCUCUGCUUCUCUCACCGCCCUCACAGCCUGCAGCGCGGGGGCUGUGGCCGUGGGAGCGCUGUGUAACACACACACACACAUGAUGCGAGCUGUCACACUGCAGGCUCCUUUCCUGGAUGUGUUGGGAACAAUGGAGGACCCCAGCCUGCCUCUAACUUUAGAGGAUAGAGAAGAAUGGGGGGACCCAGUCGGAAACCCAGAACAUAGACUCAUCAUCUCCUCCUACUGUCCCCUUCACAACAUAACCCCUCAGUGUUACCCAUCGAUGCUGCUGACGGCCUACAGCGGUGAUGCCAGGGUUCCUCUGGCAGGUGUCCUCAAAUACACCAAGCUGCUAAAAAAGGCCAUCCAUACACACUUCACCUUGAAUCCAAAAUCAGAAUAUGAACCAGCACCAAACAUAGUUCUGAAUAUCCAACCUGGAGAAAAUCACCUCGGACCAGAAGACUUUGAGCUGAUGCUGGAGGAGGAAGCCCUCAGGCUAGCAUUCCUUUACACAGAGCUGGGCCUGGAGCCUCCUCGGCCCCAACGCAAGAGGAGGAGAUAACACUGCUAUCAGGAGCCAGGAAUCAAACAACUACCAUUACUACAACCACUCUGAUGACACUUACUGCCUAAUCUUUAACAACACCAAUGAAAGAGAAGACAAC